AUGGUCGAUGAAAGUACACGGCGUUUACCUAAUUGGAUGCUAGGUGCUAGUGUAACUGCUGAUAUUGAUAAGAAGAAGAAGGAGGAGAAGAGGCACAGUGAUGAUACUACUGAGCCCGAAGAAGAAGGAGAGAAGAGAAAUUUGGCAAAGAAUUCAAAAUUGGAAGCCAAGGGGAGAAAAAGUAACCAAGAUACAGAUAAUAAAGAAUUGAAUGCUGGUUUUGACAACGUCAUAAACAAGAAAACGACCAAUCGGCUUGGGAGAAAACGGAAAGCAAAAAGUAAGGCAGAGAUCAAAGCCGAGGAGGAGGAGGCGGAGCUAACUGUUGAAGAUUUAGUCAGCAUUGCCGAGGAGUAUGUCGAAGCUGAUGAGGAUUCACGGAGAAAACAAGCAUCGAUUAGAGAAUGUAAAUUACAAAGACAACUACAGACAACGGCUUCUUCUAAGAAUGAUUUAGAAGAGUCUCUCAUUGUUCCCGAUGACAAACAUAUUUCAGCUAGUUGUGAAACUACUGCUUCUUAUAGUUCAACAAUGAAUUUAGUUGGUGAACAAAGUCUCAUUUCCACAACCAGGGCAGGGGAUCCUGCACAUGACAUGCUGGAUCUGUUUUUGGGUCCCUUACUUAAGAAGCCAAUGGAGAAAGAGAAGAGCACUGAAUUUAUUGCAAAGGAUAUGGAUUUUACCUAUGAGUUGAAAAAGAAAAGUCAGAAUGAUGUUGGAGAAGAAAUGGUGCCCCCGAUGGUAAAGAAGAAGAGCAGCCUUAAAGACAAGAACAUUGGAUCAAAAUUGUCUAGGAAAAUUCGUCAUGUUAACAUUCCUGGGACUAUGAGAUUUCAUGACAAACACAAGAUUGCUUGCCAUCUUAAAUUCCAGGCUCUUGGGAAUCCUACUUCUCUUAUACCAAAUGCCACCUCAGAGUGUAUUGGUGUUUGGCACAAGGAUUUUUUGGAGGGCUAUUGGCAGAUUGAAUGUGAGUGCACUCUAAAUGAUUGGUUGCAGAUAGAGCUCAGGGACAGGGCUUUCUGA